UUUCACGUCUCUUCCUAAGCAUCAAUACCGCAUUUUUUGAAUCUAAAUUCUAAACCCCAUGCGAUGCCCUCUUCAAUCCACAUUAUACCCAUUUUCCCUUUUUCUUUAAUCAGAUCUGCCAAAGUUUUCCGAAAAGCGUGAAUUUCACGUUGUUGUUCUUGAUACUGUGCUGAUUCGUUCUCAUGGCGGGGCGUUAUGAUAACCCAUUCGAGGAAGAAGAAGAAGAAGUUAACCCAUUUUCGGACCAAAACACUCGAGGUAAAGGUCAAUCAGAUGGUGGUAGCGGUCCGUUUUCUAUGGCAAAUCCCGGGAGCAAGCCCUCUGCAUCGAACUCAAGACUGUCCCCUCUUCCACCUGAACGUGCUGAUACUGUAGAUAUUCCUAUUGAUACCGCCACGGAAAUAAAGAGGAAGGAGGAGGAACUUCACGCUAAGGAGGCUGAACUGAAGAGGAGGGAACAAGAACUGAAAAGGAAAGAAGAUGCCAUAGCACGGGCUGGGAUCGUUAUAGAGGAAAAGAAUUUUCCACCACUCUUCCCUAUUAUUCACCAUGAUAUUGCGAACGAAAUUCCAGUUCAUCUGCAGAGGAUGCAGUAUGUGGCAUUCAUGACACUUUUGGGUCUCAUUGUCUGUCUUGCCUGGAACAUUGUAGCUGUUGCCUUAGCGGCUUGGAUUAAUGAAGAAGGUCCAAUGAUCUUCUUUCUUGCUAUCAUCUACUUCAUAACAGGUGUCCCUGGAGCCUAUUUCUUGUGGUACCGCCCUCUCUAUCGCGCAAUGAAGAGUGAUAGUGCGUUGAAGUUAGUUUGGUUUUUCUUGAGUUACGCGGUUCACAUUGGAUUCUGUGUUGUUGCUGCUGUUGCGCCUCCCAUCUUUUUUAAGGGGAAAUCUUUGACUGGUAUCUUGCCUGCACUCGAAGUUUCUUUCUGGAAUUCUUUCGUUGGGAUGUUCUACUUUAUCGGAUUCGUACUAUUCUCCAUCGAAUCACUGAUGAGCAUAUGGGUCAUUCAGCAAGUGUACAUGUAUUUCCGGGGAAGUGGCAAAGCUGCAGAGAUGAGGAGGGAAGCUGCGAGGCAAACUAUGAUGGCGGCGCUAUGACACCACAGCUGUGGAGUGGCGGUGGGUGGCGGUGGCGCUCGUCGGGGCUUUGGAUUCUUUGAUUGCUUUUAUAUCUUUUCUCUAAAUUUCAACCUGCAUGCAGACCUGAACAACCCACUGGUACUAGAUGAACAUAUACAGGCUGUUUAUAUAGUGACACUACAUUAGUCUUUGCAGAAAUGCUGCAUUUACUGCAUAUUUAACAUUGAAUUUGACUGGAUAGUUUUAUACCCCCUUUUUCUUUUUCCUCUUUUCUGGUUAGAACUUUUGUUUGUUUG